AACGUCGCGUGAUAUGUCAAAACUUUAAACUUCAAAGCAUUUCGGUUUUUGUGUACCUAGUACCUACUACUUAUAUUGUAUUGUGUGAAACAAUAUUAAAUUGAAAUUUUGGCUUUAAUAUCUAGAAAACUAUUUUGCAAGCACAAUGGAGACUGAAUCUGAAGUAAUAAAAGAAAAAAUUCACACUGAACCGGUGUUAAAUGAUCCUCGGUACAUAACCUUAUUAAGUUUGAUCGUGCUUUUAUUCACUUUCCUAUUUUGGUGGUGUUUUUCGCGACGUAGACAUUUGCGCCGUUCUGUUCUACUUACUGGGCUAUCCGAUGCCGGCAAGACGCUUUUGUUCGUCAGGUUGAUAUACUCACAGUAUAGACAAACUUUCACAUCCAUGAAAGAAAAUAUUGAGGACUACAUAACAUCUAAUAAAACAUUAAGAAUUAUAGAUUUGCCUGGUCAAGAACGGCUAAGGAAUAAGUUCUUUGAUCAGUACAAGAAUAGUGCCAAGGCUAUUGUGUAUGUUGUGGACUCAGUCACUAUUCAAAAGGAAAUAAGAGAUGUUGCAGAAUAUUUAUAUACAAUAUUAUUGGAUCCUGUCAUACAGAGUAACUGCCCUCCAUUGCUAAUUCUGUGCAACAAACAAGACCAACCAAUGGCAAAGGGCAGUCAAGUCAUCAAGGGAUUGCUUGAAAAAGAAAUUAACCUUGUGCGGAUCACCAAGUCCAGUCAGCUGCAAUCUGUCGAUCCAUCACAAUCAAGCAACUCUACUUAUCUCGGGAAGUUAGGAAAAGAUUUUGAAUUUUCGCAUCUGAGCUGCAAAGUGGAGAUCAUAGAAUGUUCGGCCAACAUUGGGGAUGAUGACAAUCCAACUGACAUAAAAGCUUUGCAAGAUUGGAUUUCUAAACUUUAGAAAUUUUUUUGAACAAAA